AUGAAGCCCAGUCUUGUGCUGCUUCUCGCUGUGGUCUCCGGCCUGGGGAAGGCUGCGGGUGGUGGUGAUUACGGCCGUGCCAUUCUACUCCCCAGGCAGAGCUCCACUGCGGCGACGACAGUGGACUUUUCAAAUUUCCCUGCAUGUGCAACGCAUUGUCUAACCCGCUGGCGCGGCCUCGGCUGUCCCACCAACCCCCCCACCACCGACUGCUUCUGCGGCAAGCCCAACCCCCUAUCCUGCGCCACCAGCGCCGACAACGCCGUUUCCGCCGCCUGCUGGACCCUCGCCGAGACCUGGUACGCCUCCCAAUGCCCGUCCGUCCCCGCCGUCAACACGGCCGCCAUCCCCACCUGCGCACAGUCCUGCUUCACAACCGCAAACACCAAUUGCGUCAACGACCUCACCAAGAACUGUGUCUGCUCCUACGGCCAGCCGGCGUGCGGCGGGAACUGUACGACCGCGGAUGCGCAGGUGUAUGAUACGUGGUGGUCGGGCGAGUGUCUGUAUAAUCUGACGAGCACUACAACGACGAGCGGGACGGUGCUUCCAACAAAUACGGGGACGAGCACAACAGGAACAGAGACGAGUACUGCCACCUCGACGAAUACGUCUACGCCUCCGAGCUCAUCCGGCGGUGGGGGUGUGAGCACGGGUGCUAUUGUUGGCGCUGCGGUCGGCGGUCUCGCGGGGACGCUGGCGAUCGGCGCGCUGCUAUUUUUCCUGUGUCGUGGGAAGAGACCCGAGAAGGAUGCAACGAGGGUGGCGCAGCCGGUGUCGAGUCAGGGAAUGAUGGGGCCGGAUGGGAGGCCGAUUGUGGAGAUGGGGGUUGACGGCGGGGUGGUGCGGGAGCCGGUGGUGGAGUUGAUGGCGGAUGUGCAGCGGCCGGUGGAGGCGCCGGGGGAUUUCGGGAAGAUGAAGAAUUAG